AUGGCACCGCUGGCUCCCAUUAUCAACAUCAAAUUUCAACGCCAAGUCCUCGCUUCAAUCAUGAUUGCCACUGUACCAGUCCUGGCGCUCGUUGCUUCUGUACUCGGAAACCCGCUACCCGCCUCUAGUAACCUUGAAGUUCGGGACAGUUGCACUAUCAACUCCCUCUCUACCGUUGGAGCUGCAGAGAAAUGUAGCACGAUCACAAUCGAUGCAUUCAACGUUCCCGCUGGAGAAAAGCUCGUGAUCAAUGCGCCAGAUAAGGCGGUUGUCAACUUGAAGGGUAACGUAGUGUUCGAAGCCGAUACAACAUUCAAGACAACCGGGCCAUUGUUCACUUUAUCCGGAACUGGCAUUACCUUCAAUGGGAACGGGUUCACUAUUGAUGGUCAAGGAGCCAAGUACUGGGAUGGCCAGGGAAUCUCUUCGUCCGCUAAGCAAGCCAAGCCGCAUCCUAUGAUCAAGCUUAGCUGCAGUGGUACAGUCGAGAACUUCAAGGUUCUCAACUCUCCGGCUCAGGUGUUCAGCAUGGGCAACGAUGCUGCUCUUACUGUGUCCAAGAUCACCAUCGAUAACUCUGCAGGAAACUCUGCAAAUAGCUUGAGCGGUGGCAAACCAGCAGCUCACAACACCGACGGGUUUGACGUCUCGACUACUAUUAACAAAGGAUCGAAUAUUAUAUUCCAGAACAACAAGUGUACUGGAGGUCACGGUAUCUCGAUCGGAUCGGUCGCUAGCGGGUCAACCGUGUCAAACAUCCACAUUACAGGCAAUACCAUAACCAAUAACGUACAGGCUCUUCGUAUCAAAACUGACGCGGACGCUACAAGUGGAUCUGUUAGCGGGGUAAUUUACAGUGGCAACACUGCUACUGGAUGUACUGAAUACGGGGUUAUCAUUGACCAAAGCUAUCCUGAUACUCUUGGUACCCCCAAGGGGGGUGUCAAAAUAUCGGGUAUUACUUUUACGGGGACAAACACCAUUGCAGUCGCGUCUUCGGCAAAGGGUGAAGUUGAAGUCAACUGCGCAAAAGGCGGUUGCACUGGCACCUGGAAUUGGGCGGGACUCAAGGUCUCUGGGGGAACUUCAGCCGGCUCCAUCGCUAACGCCGACAUCACAAACUUUAAAUUGUGA